AUGCAGAAACUGUCCCCUCAGAACAUGAGAAGAUCCAAGGACACAAAUCCUCAAGACUCUUCGAACAAGGUUUACUUUGCGACGCAUUUGGAUCGGACGAUGAAAGGACAACUGGGACGAUACAGCUUUGGAAUAAAGCAUGUGGAGGCUGCCAACAUUCCGACGUUCUCAUUAGCUAGAAAAGCUAGUCAGGUAACAUCCUCACUUUCCAGUGGUCGAGAUGGAAACCAGUUGCAGAUGCUCUGCAGCUUAUGCUGUUGUUCGCUCAGCCCCCCAGGGACUAUAGUUCAACGCUUCAAGCACCUGGGCUGGGAUCCCAGUCUUUCGUUCAAGCAGUUAACAUGA